CCUGCCCACCACCGCUGGGCGCGGCAAGCGAGACGCGGGCCGGGCCUGCGCUCGGGGAUCGUUUGCUUUGGCCUGGCCGCGGCAGGCGAGGCCGGGCGGGACACGGAUGGAGCCGCAGCAGCUGCCUGAGGCGGCGGGGUCCCCGCGCCAUGCGCCGGCCGGAGCCGCCCCGGCCGGGAUCUCCCUGCACGAUUUCUGCGGGCGCGCGGGCGAGCAGCUCGUGCACUUCCACGCCAUGCGGCUGCGGGACUCGCUCUUCCUCUGGGUGGGGGCGGAGCCCGCGCUCCGCAGCCUGGCCGUGGCCAUGUGCAGCCCCCACGACUCCAUUCCAGUGGCUACAUCACUCCUGGGAGAUGCCUCUGACACUACCUCAAAUUCUCUAGCCCAGCGCCUAGCCAGGAAGACUAAAAAACAGAUCUUUGUCAGCUACAAUCUUCAGAAUACAGACAGCAGUUUCAUAUUACACAUAGAGAACAGAAUCAAGGAAGAAAUGAUGGCUUUUCCAGAGAAAUUCUAACUUUGCGGCAUUGUAAGCUACUUUGUUAAAGAAAUAAACUGACUGGGUUUCCAUAUUGACAGACACAGUUAAUAUUUUGGCACUUUUUGGGUUUGUUUUACAAAAUUGUUUGGACCAAACUUGAAUAGAACUUAAAAAAUGUAUUUCUUCCAAACUUUGAGUUCCUCUGCUGUGUUAGAGAUGGGCUGAUGGCAGAGAAAGGGGGCUGUAGGAUAUGGGGAGGAAUGUUGUGAGUUAGCAAGAUAUUGUAAACUUGUAUAUGCAUGGAGCUUGACCUACCUGGAAAUUAUAAUCAGGGGAUGUUCUCUGGAUUUUAGUUGCACAUGUAACAUACUAUGUAUCCUAAUUAGAGCAAGAGAAAACAAAUCUCUUCUAGUGCUUAUGUGAAAGCCUGGCAUGCUGUUGUGAAAAAUCAGCAAAUUAAAUAAAAGGAAGUACAUUGACGUCACUUUCAUGAUGGGAGAAUGGCAGGAAUUUGUUCUUUCCAAAGGAGAAGGAUUUUUCUACUGAAAAGGAAAAAAAUGUUUGAUCCUAAAGUGUGCUUAGUACAUAUGUAACCAGAGUCAUGUCUGCUGCUGUUAGUGAUGUUUUCCUGUUAGUCGUGCAGGAUUCUGUUCCAUGUGUUACAACUACUGCUGAAAAUGCAGGUGCAGAAAUGCACUUUCAGAGUCUAGGCAGAGUUGGUUGGACAGGUAGGAACAAAGGCCUCUCUCACA